AGGAUUUGCCGCAUGAUUGAUUAUCUAAACAUAGAUCGCGCAGUAAACACGACUACCCCAUCCUAUAAAUCCCCUGCAACGCACAGCGCGCUCAUCCGUCUGUUCUCGCUUGAGACUUGAGAGAAAGAGAUAGAGCAAUGGAAGCGAAUACCUCUCCCUUCAAGAUAAUUUUGGGAUCAUCAUCAGUAGCACGUCGAACAAUAUUGGCCGAGAUGGGAUACGAAUUCACGAUUGUGACUGCAGACAUUGAUGAGAAAUGCAUCCGAAAGGAGAAGCCAGAAGACUUGGUUAUGGCUCUUGCUGAGGCAAAGGCUGAUGCCAUCAUAUCAAAACUACGAACUAUCAAUAAUCAAGGGAAGGAUGACAAGCAAACAAUUUUGAUUGCAGCCGACACAGCAGAAGCCAUCAUACAAAGGCUCCCGAUUGGUGACUACAUAAAGGAUGCUGAGCCCACAUUGUUAAUUACUUGUGACCAAGUGGUGGUCUAUGAAGAUGUGGUCAGGGAAAAACCAUCUAGUAAAGAAGAAGCACAACAAUUUUUGAAAGACUAUUCUGGGGGGCACGCAGCAACAAUGGGAUCUGUGCUUGUUACAAACCUUAAGACGGGAUUUAGAAAAGGUGAAUGGGACCGAGUGGAGAUCUAUUUCCAUGAAAUACCAGAUGAAAUCAUUGAGAAACUGAUUGAGGAGGGGUCUGUGCUUAAUGUUGCUGGGGGACUGAUCAUAGAGCAUCCUUUGAUACUGCCCUUUGUCAAACAAGUGGUUGGAACAACCGAUAGUGUGAUGGGACUCCCCAAAGAUCUCACUGAAAAACUUAUAAGGGAGGCCCUCUAGCUUUACUUGGUAUUUAACCAAUGGACACAGCAUUUUUUCAUCUCCUGUUAUUUGGCCUCUGAUCCUGCUUCUUCAAAUUUGAUAACCAACUGCUCCACUUCAUCUGCAUCUGUUGCGCCUUGCUUUUGUUUCUUUAAAUGAGUUCUUAUCUGAAUGUUGGGCAGGAAUUAUGUUAGUUUUCUUUAUUCAUAGAAGAAAACAGAGAUGAUCACUAUGGCCAUUUAUCAGUUAAUCCAACUUGUGACUGUAGCCUGUAGAAGGUAAUAAUUAGUAAACAAAUAUUUUGUUGACAUGUCAGUAGUUGAGGAUUUGGACAAUAAUGUGACAGCCGGAGAAGCAGUCAUGGUGAUUUACUGUA